AUGUCGGAUAAAAGUACAAGUUGUCCUCUGCCGCCGAGUAAUUUCAGUAUUGAUAUUAACGCCUCGAAUAUGCCUUUGGCUUGGAGAAACUUUAAAACUAGUCUUGGUAUUUAUAUGAUUGCCAACGAUUUGGGAAAAGAAUCAGACAAAAGAAAGGUAGCCAUUUUGUUACAAACUAUUGGCUCAGACGCUCUCCAAAUAUUUUACUCGUUUAAUACUGAAAUAGAUAAGAUCACCUACAAGGAUCUACUCGCCAAAUUUGAAGACUAUUUUACGCCGCGUGUGAAUAUAUCUGUCGAAAGGCAUAAGCUGUUCAAUAGAAAACAAGGUCCAGAUGAAGAAAUUGAGACAUAUGCCACUGAUCUCAAGAAUCUAAGCAUCCAAUGCAAUUUCGAAGGUCUUGCGGACGAUAUAGUAAAGGACAUAUUCUCAUGGAACUUAAAUUCAUCUUGCUCAUACAUCAGAGAACGUAUCCUGAUCGAGAAACCAUCUUCGUUUGAUGCAGCCGUCAGUCUCGCUAAAACGCUAAGAAAUACAAGGUUAGAGGCCAAAGCCUUAUCAAGCCAUGAAGUAAGUGUCGUCAGUCGUCAAUCACGUCACAGUCGUCUAACAAAACGUGGUCAAGAGAGUCACAGGCAAAGAAGUCAUAAUCGUCAAAGAAGUCAGCCGUCAAGAAAGUCUUAG